CAUCUAAAUGACAACACUAUUCAAUAUGGUGGAAAAGAUGGUGGAAAAACCCUCGCAAAUCGUGUCGCAAAUUCGUUCCCUUUAAAUGACAAGCUGUCAGACGCCAUUGCUUAAAUAAGCGGAGUCGUGUGUGCAUGAUACACGGUUAAACAUGUUAAAAAGUUUUUCUGAAAUUUUAGUUUUAUGUUAUAUUUGGUGCCCAAAUUGUUCUAUAAGAACUGAUAUAUUAUACUUUUCUCCGUCUUGAUCUAGUGUGAAAAGUAGUUAAUUAACUAGUGAAUAUAUUUAAUUUUAUCGUUAGCAGUUUAUCUGAAAUCACAAUCACCAUGCCUAAAGGAAAGAAAAAAGGAAAAUACGAACAUCGGAGAACAGAAGUUCCUUACUCAUCAGACGAAGAUGCAGGCAUUGAUAUGACAAAUGACAACUACUCGGAAACUUCCGGAGCAUCUGAUCUCAGAAGUAAUCACGAUGACACAGAAAACGACAAUCAAGAGAAAUUGGAAGAAAAGGUUCUAGAAAUUAUCGACGCGUUAAGCGCCCGAGCGAACGCAGCGCGCGCUGCAGCGUUUGUAGCGCUGCGUAAUGCGCUCCAGCGGCGGUACCUCGCCCACCUUCUAAGUGGACAGCGCGUUACUCUUGCAGACCACGUUACUAAAGCGCUGAGGCGCGGUAGGGAUGGAGAGAAAAAGGCCGCAGCGGCUGUUGUACCACUACUGGCUCUACAGAUCGGCGAAGAGGGCACAGAAGAGUUCUUAGCGGAAGUGCGUCCCGCGCUCGCGGCUGCGGCCGUCGACAAGACCGCUUCACUCGAGACGCGUACUGAGUGCUGUUCAUCGCUAGCAGUGCUGUGCUACCUGUUGGAAGAUGACCUCACUGAGGUGCUUGAAAUAAUGAGCAUGUUUGAGACAAUCUUCAGCGGCAGCUACCUCAGGGAUGACGGCAGCGUGAAGGUGUCGGGCGCGGCGGUGGAGGAGGGCGUGUGGCACGCGGCGGCGCUGGACGGCUGGGCGCUGCUGCUGCUGCUGGCCGCGCCGCCGCACGCGCGCGCGCUGCUGGCCGAGCGCGCGCCCGGCUUCGCGCGCCUGGCCGGCCUGCUGGACGCCUGCAGCCUCGAGGUGCGGCUGGCGGCGGGCGGCGCGCUGGCCACGGCGCACGAGCGCGCGAGCGGCGACGACGACGAGUACGAGUGGUCGGGCGAGGAGGACGUGCUGCCCAAGCUGGAGCGGCUGGCGCGCGACUCGCACAAGUUCCGCGCCAAGCGGGACCGCAAGCUGCAGCGGGCCACCUUCAGGGACAUCUUGAAGUACUUCGAGGAGGGCGUGGUGGCGGGCGAGCGCGUGCGCGUGUGCGGCGCGGCGCUGGCGCUGCAGUCGUGGGGCGCGCGCGGCGCGUACGGCGCGCUGGCGGCCGCGCUGGGCGCCGGCCUGGCCGCGCUGGCGCCGCACGCGCCGCCGCUGCAGGCCGCGCUCGGCCUCGAGCUGCCGGCCGCGGGCGCCGCGCCGCCGCGCCAUAGGCUCAACAAGCUGCAGCGGCACCUACAAAACAGCGCGAACAACAAAGCCCGCACGGUGGCGCGCAACAAGAGCCGCGACAAGCGCUCCGCUGCGCUGGCCCUCUGAACUCUACGCCGCUAUGAAUCUCUACACUGACGAUGUAAUCGGUUUCGGCGUUUUACAUCACUACCUUGCUUAGGUAAAAGGCAAUAACUGUUCAAUUCAAAUUCGCUGUUUUUGUAAAAUGUUGACACAAUUAUAUUUAUUUUAUACUUAGAGUCGUAUGGGUAUAUUAUUUAUAUUUGGUAAUAUUUUUAUGUACUUAUCAAAAAAAAGAGAUACUCAGCUACUACCACCAAGCAUUAGGCUAACGCAAGCAUUAGGUUGCUUACCGUACGAACGACCGUGUCUGUAUGUCACAGAUAUUACGAAUUAUUUCAUCAUUACAGCCUAUACAGUCCACUGCUGCACAUAGGCCUCCACAAGUUUACGCCAAGAAUAACGUGAAUUCAUGUGUUUAUUGAAUGUGAAUUAUUUACUAGUUAAAAAAAACUGUCUUCUAAAAAAUAUUUAUACUUUACCGCCUUUUACCUAACGGUAGUUUAGGUAGUUUAGACUCGAGCUUAGUUUAACGCUAGCAUUAGACUGUUAGCUUAAAAUAAGUACCAAAUAAAAUUUUCGUCGGAACCGUCUCGAAGCCAUCUUCGUUUCAUCAUUGAAUUGUUAAACAUAUCGCAUUACUCUAUUUCUUUACACGCGUCUUACUUUAUAGUGAAGAAAUAGAACGAUCAUUAGGUUUUAGAAGAAUACUAAAAAUGGCAUAUGAAAUAGAACCAAAUUUUAUGUAGUUUCAAUAAUAUCGAUCUCGAUGUUAUGAUUAUAUUUUAUAAAUUAAUUAAAAAUUUUAUUUAACAAACGAUAAAUACCACUUUUAUUACACUCGCAACGUGGCUAUUCUGUAUAAAACAAAUUCUAUUUGCAAAAUCUGGAAGAAAAUACGCCGUCAUAAUUGUAUUUUGUCAUUAGCAUUAGUAUUGAUUUAAUGACGAUACGGUGUAUUUGUUUUCUAUAGAAUAUCAUUCGUUGUUCAGAGAGAAUAGUAAAUUGUACAUUAAACGACAAACGUUAUAUAUUUUAUUUGUGAUUUUAGUUAAAACUAGUUUUUACGAACUUGAUAAUUUAAUGUAAUUUAAAGUUCCGCAGAACACAUACUUUCUAUUGGCCGAAAGUUGACUUUAACAGUGUAUGAAAAUGCGCCAUUAUGCCGAAAAUUGGACCCAACACUUCCAUGACCAUUUUGUUAAACAUUUAUGAAAUAUAACCUUAUUUUAUUUGAUGCAAAUUAUCACAAUAUAACCACUUGCAUACUAAUGUAAUUGAGUAAAUCAUCGACUGAUAGAAAGUCUUGUUCUGCAAAUGUCAAACUUACUCCUAAACUUGAAUCGGACGGCAUUCCGAACUCCAUUGAACUGCCAUUAGAUAUUUCAAUCGUGUAACAAUGCUUUAUUUUUAAAUGUUGUAUUUGUUGAUUAUACAGAUUUGUUAUAGAUUAGUCCAAUUGCUAGCUUUCGUGCUUAUAUUGAUUUAUUUUAAUUAUAAUCAAGUUUGGAGUAAGGGAUUGUUUUUAAUUUGGUCGAUAACUAUUGCUAUUUCUAUUAUUUGUACUGUAUUUAUAAGUUUACGAGUUGCAGUUGACAAGUACAGUUCAUAUAUCAUAUAUUUUUAUUAAAACUUCUCUGUAAAUAUUAUUUUAAUUUGUGUCAUCUGCGGCCGUACAUGUACAUUAACUAGGCUAAGACACGGUACGUUGAAAUAAUAUUUAUUAUGAGAAUA